UGUUUGUUCCUCUUUCGGCAAACUGCUUUUGUCGUAAACAACGUGCUUAUCGAGUGAAAUUUCGAAUAAGCUAAGGUUGAGACGUUGUUUUUCGAUUAAAAAUCAUAAAUAUGGCCGAAGGAACAGCUCAACUUAAGCGAGAUUCAACCAUGGUUGCUACAGCGGAGGAAGGCAAUGCGCUUCUUGAAAAGCUCGGAAAAGUUGACGAAGAAGCGAAGACGAGAUCACAACAAAAGAAGAUCGAAGAGAAUACCGAAGCUGAAAAAGAUUCCACGCCGAAAAUGGAAAGAACAACUACGAUGGCAGCAACAGCCAAGGAAGGGGAAGAGAUUUUAGCAGGUGCUGAUUUAGGGAAGACGAGAGCAGAGACUGCAAAACAAAGUGAAGACCAGAAAGACGAUGAAGAAGAAAAGCCAGCCAUGCAACGAGCAUCCACAAUGGAAGUUACAGCUCAGGAAGCAGCCAAACUGUUGGAAGCUGAAGGAGGACUUGUGGAAGGAACCAGGAGCGAAGUUAAGCAAGUUCAAGAAGCAAUAAAGGCUAGUGAGGAAGAAAAGGUAGAGACAAAUGGUACAACAGAUGAUGAAGAAAGUGCCAAACUAAAGAGGAAAAGUACCAUGCAAAUGACUGCAGAGGAAGGAGAGGAGUUCUUGAAGAAGCAAAAGUUAUCAUCAUCAGAUGAAGCAGAGGCUGCAAAGCAAGUUGAAGCAUAAUUGCUCUUAUCUGAUGGCUGAUCAUUGCAAAGCACUGAACAGACUGUGAUGACAGCAUCAUCUUUGUACAUAGAACCAUGUGGUACUACUUCGUUGUGAGGGUAUCAUUGAAAAGAAGAACCGUUGUAAAAAGGGAUGAUAUACUGUGAAAUAAGCACAAACAUUGUUAAGGGAUAUUUGUUUAGUUACCAGAUUUUGUUUCAAUAAUUGUUGCUUAGUAAUUUAUUCUGUCAUCCACCCUUCUACCCACGAAACUUCCCAAAUUCAAGUCUCAUCUCAUCCAUUGACGUUACUUGUGAAGUAUUUACAUUAAUUUUUAAAUGUUUCGAAAUAUUAUUUGCUUUUAUUUUUGACAUCAAAGGUACAUGUUGAUGUCACUAUUGUUUCAUUUAGAACUAUCCAUUAAGAAAUGGUAAUUUAUUUUGAUAUUUUAACAAUUUAAUUUUUGCAAUUGUUAAUUUUAAUGUUGAUAAAGAAUUUGUUGAAAA